AGAGUUGGGAACCCGCACGCGGAGCUCUCGGUGGGGUGCCCAGGACUCUGGGAUCCCCCGCCCGCGCAGGAAGUCGCUCUGGAGACUCGAGGGAGAGCGCAGGCGGUGUCCGGUCAGGGAGAGGCGGGCCUCAGUGCACAUUGGGUCGGGCACGCGCAAGGGCAGCCCCCGAGGGCCCUCCCAGAGGCCCCAGCGCCGCCGAGGUCCUAAUAGGCAGCACCGUCUUCUGCCGCACGUGGUUGCAGCGAGAUGCCCAAAUCCAAGCGCGACAAGAAAGUCUCCCUCACCAAAACCGCCAAGAAAGGCUUAGAACUGAAACAGAACUUGAUAGAAGAGCUUCGGAAGUGUGUGGACACAUAUAAGUACCUCUUCGUCUUCUCCGUGGCCAACAUGAGGAACAGCAAGCUGAAGGACAUCCGCAGUGCCUGGAAGCACAGCCGGAUGUUCUUUGGCAAAAACAAAGUGAUGAUGGUGGCCCUGGGUCGAAGCCCGUCUGACGAGUACAAAGACAAUCUGCAUCAGGUCAGCAAGAAGUUGAGGGGUGAAGUUGGUCUCCUUUUCACCAAUCGCACUAAGGAGGAAGUGAAUGAGUGGUUCACGAAAUACACGGAGAUGGACUACGCCCGAGCUGGGAACAAAGCCACUUUCACCGUGAGCCUGGACCCGGGGCCCCUGGAGCAGUUCCCGCACUCCAUGGAGCCACAGCUGAGGCAGCUGGGCCUGCCCACGGCCCUCAAGAAAGGUGUGGUGACCCUGCUGUCUGACUACGAGGUGUGCAAGGAGGGCGAUGUGCUGACCCCGGAGCAGGCCCGCGUCCUGAAGCUUUUCAGGUAUGAAAUGGCCGAAUUCAAGGUGACCAUCAAGUACGUGUGGGACGCGCAGUCUGGAAGGUUCCAGCAGAUGGGAGAUGACUUGCCAGAGAGUGCGCCCGAGUCGGAAGUAGAAUCAGAGGAAGACGACGACAGCUGA